AUGACAAAAUCUGGUUACAUAAAUGCAGUAUUUCGUUCAUCUAGAAAAAAUGAAGCAUACUUUUUCAUCAAUGAUAAGCUCUUGCUAUUGGAUUAUGCUCCCGGAACCAGCAACGAUAAGAUUUUAUAUGGACCUAUUUUUGUUCGCCAUGGGUUUCCAUCGCUUGAUAAUACCAAAUUUGGAAGCAAUGGAAUAGAUUGUGCCUUUGACACCGAUGACAAUGAGGCGUUCGUCUUUUAUCAAGGUCUUUGUGCUAAGAUAGAAUAUACUCCACACACUGACAAAGACAAAAUAAUCUCAGGUUCUAUGAAAAUUGCGGAAAUGUUUCCUUUUUUAGAAGGAACGGGUUUUGAACAUGGAAUAGACGCCGCAUUCAGGUCAACUUUGAACAAAGAGGUUUACUUGUUCAGAGGAGACAAGUAUGCUCGUAUAGACUAUGGCACGAACAGUCUUGUUCAAAUUAUCAGGGACAUCAACAGCGGGUUUACUUGUUUCCGAGACACGAUCUUUGAAAAGGGAAUCGAUGCGGCUUUUGCUUCUCAUAUCCCGAAUGAAGCUUACCUUUUCAAAGGAGAUAACUUUGUGCGUAUCACUUUUACACCAGGAAGAUCAGAUGACUACAUUAUGGGGGGUGUGAGGUCAACUCUUGAUGUUUGGAAGUCUCUUCAGGACAUAAUACCUCUGAAGAAUUAA